ACUGUGUCCACUUCAGUACUAGUCUUCUCUCCCGCUUUUGCUUUACUUUCUCGUUUCUUUUUACUCACUCUCUAUUUACUUCAAUUCAGACAAAAAAGAGUCACUAUUAUACAAUUUUGUGCUGACCCUUUUUAAGUAAUUAACCUAAAGGAAGAAGAAGAAGUGGUAGAGAUUAUUAUGGAGUGGGAAAAGCAGCAGCAGCCACCGCAGACGGCGGAGGAAAUGGGAGGAGGAGGAGGGGGUGGUGGGAUGUUUGUGAAAGUGAUGACUGAUGAGCAAAUGGAAGUUUUGAGGAAGCAAAUAGCAGUAUAUGCUACCAUUUGUGAACAGCUUGUUGAUUUGCAUAAAUCCAUGGCUUCCCAACAUGAUCUUGCUGGAGUCAGGCUGGGAAAUCUGUAUUGCGAUCCACUGGUGACAUCCGCUGGCCAUAAAAUCACUGGCAGACAACGCUGGACUCCAACACCUAUGCAACUUCAGAUUCUUGAGCGCAUCUUUGACCAAGGCAAUGGAACUCCAAGCAAACAGAAGAUCAAGGAGAUAACCUCUGAUUUAUCUCAACAUGGCCAAAUUUCUGAAACAAAUGUGUAUAAUUGGUUUCAAAACAGGCGUGCUCGAUCAAAAAGGAAGCAACAGGUUGCUACAACAAACAACACUGAAUCGGAGGUGGAGACAGAGGUUGAGUCACCCAAUGAAAAGAAAACAAGGCCAGAGGAUCUACAGUCUCCUCACAUGCCAACUUCAAGGGCUGAAGAUGUUGGCUAUCAGAACCCUGAAGUGAGCUCUGGAAUGCAUUCUCUAGAUCCACGAACCAGUAAACCCGAGCCUGUGUUUCCAUCAGAGGGUACUUCAAAACCUGCUGGAAGUUAUGGCGAAAUGUCCUUCUAUGGAAUGUCUAAUCCAAGAAUGGACCAGCUAAUGGGAAAGAUGGAAGGACCGGGGAGCUAUCAUCCAUAUCUACAUGCAGAAGACUACAACAUGACUGGCUAACAACCAAUUUGGAAACUGGAUUUCAACCGUGUUUUGAGAAAUUUAGAUUGAAACUAGAAGCCACAAACUCUUGCCAGAGUUUCUGAUCUUACCAUUAGCCGCUGAUCGGUGAUUAUAUAGCACAACAUUUUUGUGUAUGGAAAUAUGUACUUAUCGACUACGCUUAUAGGAACUAUAGUAAAUAGUACUAUCUGUUUAAACUAGUGAAGUACUUUCAGCUUUUCUGUGUUUGCAUUACUUUGUCCCUCUUUAGCAAUUCAUAUUAUUUCCCUCUAAAAACAAGGUUGUUUUUGUUGGGCUGCUUGUAGAUAGAAGUAUGGUGUUGUGAAUUUCUUCAGAAAUGUCUUUUGUUAUUCGUUUUUAUUUCUCCA